UCAGGAUGACAGCACCAUCUGCAGUCCAACAUCUUCAAGACAGUAUCCCAGUUUGAGGAAGGAGAGUGUGGACUAACAGUGAAAGACUUCACCGAGGGACCUGACCACAGGACGUGACCAAAAGACCUCACUAAAGGACCUCACUAAAGGACCUCACUAAAGGACCUCACUAAAGGACCUCACUAAAGGACCUCACUAAAGGACCUCAUUAAAGGACCUCAUCACAGGACCACACCAUAGGACCUGAGACGGGCCCACAGUGAGAGAAUGAAAAGUGACCAGCAGUGAUGAUCCACGUACUACUGAACACACUGCCAUGGCUUCUGGGCACUUUCACUUCCUCAGAGAGCUUGAUGCUGAAGGUCAAAGGUCAUAUCACUGCAGACUGUGGUAAACCAGUGACCUUACACUGCGAGGUAUCUUCACCCAUGAGCGGACUGUCCAUAAAGCACAUGGAGUGGUCCCAGUCUCAGUUCUCUUACUGUUCUGUGGACAAAGACGGCCAUUUAGCCGCUCAGAGCUCGCUGGGGGACUUCCACUGUCGCUAUGAAAAGGGGAACUUGUCUCUUCACUUUGACCAGUGGCAGGCGCACCAAAGCGAGAGCCCGUUUAUGUGCAAAGUUCGCUCCAACCAAGGCAUCCAACACGACUACACACUGGUGGAAACGAUAGAGCGAUGGGAAGGAGUCGAAGCCACGUGGGGCUUGGACUUCCCCUCUUGCACCUUCAGACAGCUGUGUCCUGCAGGAGACGUGGACUGGUUCAAAGACUCCCAAAAGAUCACGGACCUCUCGCUAAUCGUGACAGAAAAACGCACAGAGGACAGCGGGACGUCCACCAUCUACAGUUACCUGAAGACGCCGAGGCGGGACAGGCUCUACCACUGCUCACUGAAGAGUCUGAGGACGGGCCAGUACUUGACCAGCGCUGAGCUUCCCCCCCAGACUGACCCGAGCGACACAGCGCCAGCACAUGGACCAUGCUGGACGUCUUUGGGGGUCUUAGUUGGAUUUGUUAUAGAAAAAUAUUCCCACUGAACGCAUUUUAUUUUGUAUUUUGCAUCACACAGAACAGAAGUUUUCCCUUAGAUUUUUUUUCCACAUAACAAAAGGUACUUGUUUAAGGUUUACUGUAACACACUCGACAAUAGAUUUUUGGUUGAAUGGCGCCCUCUGGAGGACUUUUUAAGCCUACACAGCAUAAGCAUAAGAAUUAUUUUACUAUUAAAAUUAUACCAAUUGUUUUCUAGCA